AUGGAUAAACACGGAGUGAAGGCCCCCUUGUGGAAGAAGGAGCUGGAGGAGCCCCGGGCCAGGGAGGCAGAGGCGGAGGCCGAAGCCGCGGAGGAGGAGUCGGAGUCGGAGGACGAGGAGAGGCCGCCGGAGGAGAGCGCGGCCGCGGGCGAGGCCAAGGCCGGCGGGGAGGCGGAGGGCGGCGAGGGCCGAGAGCGGGGCUCGGUGUCCUAUUACCCGCUGCGCCAGGAGUCCAGCACCCAGCAGGUGGCGCUGCUGCGGCGCGCGGACAGCGGCUUCUGGGGUUGGUUCAGCCCCUUGGCGCUGCUCGGCGUCCUGGCCGCGCCGGCCGACAGGAAGCGGAGCCCUCCCGAGGAACCGUGCGUGCUGGAGACGCGGCGGCGGCGGCCGCGCGGCGGGGGCUGCGCGCGCUGCGAGAUCCUUUUCUGCAAGAAGUGCGGGAACUUGCAUAGCUCGCCGAGCUACGUGGCCCAUUGCGUUCUGGAGCACCCGGAUCUGGGGAGGACGCGGCCUGCUCCCGGCGGCCCCUGA